GAGUCAUAUGUUUAUUGAUCCUUCUUGUGCUCAUUUUCAUGGGGCAUGUUGGCUAUGGUAUUGUAAUGAUAUGGCUAUGUAUCGGAUGGCUUGGAAAUUUGUGUAGAAUAGGAGUAUAUAUCUGAUAAAUUUCCGGCCAGGAAUGAGGAAUAAAAAAGAGGAGUUAGUUUCUCGUUCAGCCUUAUAUUUAUUGAUUCGAUUCCCACAUCUUCCACAUCUGCAUCUACAUUUAUCUCACCUGCAAAGAAUCAUUCUCGAAUAGAAUUGGUCUUAUUUAUCCAUUCAAUUCACAUCAGCGACGAAUAGAUUACUGUCUACUGCAUCAAUACCCCCAAUCCAUCAUCCAAUCAUUUUCCCGCUCUCAUUUGAUUUAUCAAUCGAAAUCUGAUAUCGUCGGGUCGGAAACACAACGUACGAUUGGUACGAGUUGCUUCGGAGCAAACCUUUCAGGUCACACAAAUCGUUACAGUGGUACAUAAACGUACCUUUGUACACAAACACAACAUCCUCAGCAUGUCUUCCAAGCCCGUCAAGAAAGUGCACUACACUUCUUCCACCAAAGGAUCUUCGGUCCACGGCGGAAACCCCUCAUCACCACCCAUUACAUCUCAACCUACUUCCACACCCCGUCGUCCCUCAUUCUCUCGUCAACGUCAUCCCUCUGAUUCCGGAGUCGGUUCCUCUUCUUCCAAUUCUGCUACUGCGCCAGUAAAUUCGACAUCUUUCUUUACCGACACCGAACGCGCAGAGCAAAGACAAAAUGUUUAUGCCCUCAAUGAAGUACUUAGUACACUCAAAGAACGUGUCAAAUCUCUCGAAUCAAAGAAUUGCAGUCUAGAAGAAAAAUUAGCAGAAAGUAAUCGGGAGAAACGAGAGCUCCGUCGUGAGCGGGAUGAAUCUCUCCACACAAUUGAGGCUUUGAAGAAAGAGAAAUCUCGAGCCAAAGAUGGACGAGAGGCGAAAGAGAGUGAUGGAAUUCGAGUCCGUGGAUCCGAUGGCAAUGUUAGGAUUACACCCGAGAAGAAGGACAGAGGAGAAAGAAUUCCAGUAACAGUGGAGAGAAACACACCGCCCAUGACACGCCGCGAAAAAGAGCGCGAUUCGGAAGCUAGGAGAACAGAAGACGAAAGACUUAGAGGUCAACAUCAAACUAGAGAGCGAAGAACGAGCUAUAGAGAUGCGCCUCCUUCACCACUUUAUCGUGACGACGAAAGAGAUUCUAAUCCUAUGAGUCCCAGCCCUCGAUACAGAGACGAAGAUCUUCCUUCUCGCGAAAAACGCAACUCGGGUACUCCACCAACAACUAAAAUGCAUAACCCAUUUACACCAUUGAGUUCCAUGGGAGCGAAUGCAGUUCCAGGACGAGCAAGGAGGGCAAGUGUCAGCUAUGGGACUUCGCCGAGUGGAUAUAUGAGUGCGCCACAAGAAUAUCCAGUGAUGGGAAGUAGUUAUGGGAGGAGGGAGAGAGAUGAGGUACCUUAUGUUAGAGGAGAGGUACCGGUCAGUCCUAGUGUUGGGGUUGCAGGAAUGAGAGGAUCGAGAUUGAGUGGUGGGAGUGGUGGGAGUGGUGGGAGUGCGGGGAGUGCGGGGAGUGCGAAUGAUGAUUUGUAUCCCAAUGAUGGGAAGUAUCAUCCGUAUCCUUUGAAUCGUUGAUGGAUAGUGGUUUCAUUUGUUGGAUUAUUUUCGUUUUCUUGGAACUUUGCGAUUUGGGCGAUUGAUUGUUUGAUGACUGGGAAUGAAAAUCUCGGGUUGACGAACCGGACAUGUAUUUUCUUUUUUCUUUUGUACUUUUUUCGGUCUUAUGUGCGACACGUGUGUGGAUUGGUUUGCGGUUUCUUAUGGAUGGACGAAAACAAUACCCCUUAUAAAAUGAAGAGAUAUGAACGAAACGAAGAAACAGGAUGGAACAAGAUGGAUGGGAGGGAUAGGGCACACGGUACA